GUGGGUGUUGAUCAUGAUCCACCGUCAAUGCUGUUAAAGAUUCCUGUAUUUCUUUUAUUUUGGUUCCUCCUCCAUCGCCAACCUUCCCUCCUCUCCACUGCACCCUGACAACCUGCAGCUACCACCUUGGCCAGAGUCUGGGCAAGUGUGAAUUUGGAUUUGGACAAAGCUUUCUCAUUCAAUUGGAUUUUCACAAUUCAGUUUCUUUUGUUCACGACCACGACACAGCAUGCAUUGGUCCAAGCUUGUUGCCGGACUUUUGUCCGUUGCCGCUGUCGCGGACGCCAGACGGAGCCUUCAGCACGUUGGCAAGAGAGACCCAAAACCAAAGUCUACACUUGCUGAUCGUGAACGUGCCCUUGAGCACUUCCUAAAUUCCCGUCAAGUCCCAGCCCCCAAGUUCGCCAAUGCUAACACGACCAAGUAUGCUGUCAACGGCACGGGCAUUCCUGACGUCGACUUCGACGUUGGCGAGUCCUACUCGGGCUAUCUGCCGAUUACUGACAACCCCGAUGACACGAAUGAGCUUUUCUUUUGGUUCUUCCCGACUUCCGCAGCCAACUCUACGGAGAAGGAGAUUCUCCUAUGGCUGAACGGCGGCCCCGGCUGCUCCUCUUUCGAGGGUCUGAUCCAGGAAAACGGUCCGUUUAUCUGGCAAUACGGCACUCUCAAGCCUGUGCCUAACCCUUGGUCCUGGAACCGCCUUACGAACGUUGUUUGGGUUGAGCAGCCGAUUGGCACCGGAUUUUCGCGUGGCAAGGUUACGGCAACCAGCGAAGAGGAUGUAGCCGCUCAGUUCCUCGGAUUCUGGAAGAACUUCAUGGACUUGUUCUCCCUGCAAGGGUACAAAGUCUAUAUUGCGGGCGAGUCGUACGCCGGAGCAUACUGCCCGUACAUCGCGUCGGCCAUGCUGGACAAGAAUGAUACCACCUACUACGAUGUAAAUGGUAUGAUGAUCUACGAUCCUGUUCUCGGCGACGGCACGGUCCAGGACUCGACUACCACCGUGCCUUUCGUUGAUUAUCACCAUGACUUGAUGCCGUUCAACGACUCGUUCAGCGCGUACAUCCACGGUCUCCACGACUCAUGCGGCUUUGCCGAUUACAACGACAAGUACCUCGUCUACCCCCCUUCGGGCCCCCAACCGCCCAACUACUCGGCCAGCGUCAGCGAUGAGUGCCAGAACCUAUGGGGCGCCGUGUUCGACGAGGCGAUGAGCAUAAACCCGUGCUUCGACAUCUACCAAGUCGCCACGACCUGCCCGCUGCUCUGGGACGUCCUCGGCUUCCCCGGCUCCAUCGACUACCUCCCCGUAGGAGGCACGAUCUACUUCAACCGCACGGAUGUGAAGAACGCGAUCCACGCCGACGUGAACACGAACUGGGAAGCGUGCGCCUCGCACAACGUCUUCGUAGGCGGCGACUCGUCCGACCCGUCGUCGUGGGUCGUGCUCCCGCACGUCAUCGACGCGACGCAGAACGUGAUCAUCGGCCACGGCUCGCUGGACAUGAUCCUGCUGCCCAACGGCACGCUCCUGACGAUCCAGAACACGACGUGGGGCGGGCAGCUGGGUUUCCAGUCGGCGCCGACCGAGCCCUUCUUCGUGCCCUACCACACCCUCAGCACGGCGGACGAGAUCGAGUCGUCGACGGACGAGCUCGCGCUCAGCUCGAUCGCCGGCGCCGGCGUGCUCGGCACCGCGCACACCGAGCGCGGCCUCACGUACGUGUCCGUCGACCUCUCGGGCCACAUGAUCCCGCAGUACGCGCCCAGCGCCGCCUUCCGCCAGCUCGAGUUCUUGCUUGGCCGCGUCGAUAGCCUGAGUAGUCUGCAGCCUUUCACCACCGAGCCGAAUUACCCGCAGCCCCCCGCCAGCGCGCUCGGCAACGGCACGGGACCCGCGACUUCCGCUUCCGGCGGGGGUAAGGCGAGUGCCGCCAAGGAGGGAAGCGACGCUGGCAAGAAGAGCGCGAGUGCGAAGCUACGCAUCAGGGGCGCUGGUAGCGCGGCGGCGGCGGCGGGCGCGGUUGCUAUGGGUUAUUAGGUGUAGCCUCCUGGCAGCUAGGUACAUACAUAGCAGCUACUUAGGAAAGAAUCCUAGUAGUUACAUAAUUGAGCCCUUGAGGUAGUA